AUGAUGGGUCAAUCAUCAAGAUUAUUGCUGUUGCUGGCGUUCUUGUUUUCUGCUGAUUUGUCUGGCGGCGAACCGUGCUUCGAACAAAACGACCCGGAGCCAUACGUAUAUUUUUCGCACAAGACGGCCUAUCAACUGAUAUUGAACUCAAAGUUCAAACCGGUGCCUUAUUGCCGCCCGACGUUUGUAUGGAUGUUUAUCACACCUGGCACCAGUUAUCCGAAUACCAACGAGUCCAUGGAAAUUCGUAAUUUGCACCUAUUCAAAAACAGGGUGAUAAAAAAUCACGAGGAAAGAAGAAAUGGGUAUCUAUGUCCAAACGUAUUAGACAGUCUAAAACGUUGGGAAUUUGAAGUUAAUCCUUCUUCAGAAGAUGAUAUUUCACCUCAAGGUAGGAUGGACAUGCAGCUACUUGCAAGAAGGAUGAAAGAUAAAAUGAGUGAAGUUUUAGCGAAAGAGAUCGACCCAAAUACGUUCAAAAUUUAUGCCACUGAAGACCGGAAAGUUAUGAACAGUGCCGAAGAAUUUUCGAAAACCAUGUUUGGAAACGACUUCAGGUCUAAAGUUCCAAUCGAAAUAAUCGAAAACAAUUCUAGUUUUAUCGGGUUAGAGUCUUGUCCUAAGUGGAAUGAUGCAGUCUACAAUUCUGAAGCUUCUCUGUUUCGUAAGUCGCCGGAAUACUUGGACAUGGUGAGCCAGAUGAGUAAAAGACUGGGUUUUCUAGAAAACAUAACUGAAAGUAUAAUACACUCGAUGUACGAAUCAUGCCGGUAUCAUAAAGCACUCGUGAUCGAAUCUUACCCUGCAUGGUGUGGCCUGUUCACUAGACAAGAGUUACAGCUUUUAGAAUAUCACGACGACUUAGAAUAUUAUUAUAAAUACGGUUACGGUUCUGAAAUAAACACAAAGGUGGGAUGUCCGAUCGCCAAAGAGCUGAUGGGAUAUUUGAAUGAUGUAUCAAAAAAUUAUUCCGAUGGACCUUCGGCUGUACUUAGGUUUGGUUCCUCGGCCGGGUUGUUAACUACGUUAUUGGCUUUGGGAGUGGCAAGAGACACGAUUCCUCUGACUCACUCCAAUUACGCAGCUCAGUAUCGGCGUCAAUGGAGAAUGUCACGAGUGGACCCAUUUUCCAGUAAUUUUGCCGUAGUAUUUUACAAAUGCAGUCAAGGAGAUGAAGAGAACAAAGUCAUGUUCUACUUGAACGAGGGCGUGUACGAUUACCCGGGUUGCAACGUCGGUUUGUGCUCUUGGAAAUUCUUCGAGAACAAAUUCAAAGACUAUUUGGGACCAAAGGGCUGCAACGAAGAGGUGUGUCACGACAAAAGUCGAGCUUCGGGUGUUCGGCACUCCGUUUUUGUCGCUGCACUCAUUCCAAUCGUACUUGCGUACUUGCGCGUUUGA